ACACAGCCCGAGACCAGAGAGUCAGAGAGCGACAGAGAGCGACGGAGAGAGAGCAAGUCAGCUAGAGAUGGGAAAGUACAUGAAGAAAUCUAAAAUCAAAGGUGAUGUGGGGGUCAUGGAGGUCGGCGUACGGACUCGAGCCAAAACCCUAGCUCUUCAGCGCUUGCAAUCCCAAUCUCCAUCACCUGAUGAUUCAUCUUCCCUCUGUUACCUCCAGCUCAGAAGCCGCCGCCUCGAGAAGCCCGCCCCUCCUCCUACAUGCAGAGGAGAUAAUCACGGGUCACGGCGGGAAAUCAAGAGGGAAUCCAAGGAGGAGGUUGAGGCUUCAUGCGGAGAGAACUGCUUGGACUCGGGAUGCAGAGACCGCAGGACCACUAGGGAAAGCACACCAUGUAGCUUGAUAAGGGACCCGCUCAACAUUGUAACCCCUGGUUCCACAUCGAGGAGGCGGAAAAGUUCGGUCACAAAUAAUCAGAGAACUCGGAAUGAAAUCCAAAAAAGUAACCCAAUAAUGCAUGAAGUGGAGGAGUUCUUUGCCUAUGCGGAGCAACAGCAAAAGAGAGAGUUUGUGGAAAAGUACAACUUCGACAUUGUGAAUGAUUUGCCCCUUCCUGGACGAUAUGAAUGGGUGCAGAUAUUCUGAUAGCGAAGUUCCGAUUCAUUAUUAUGUUUCUACUCUUUGCAGAUCCUUAAUUGGUUUUUAUGCCAAGAAUUUCAGGAAGUAGGUGGAUCUGGACUCAGGUAUUUUCUGGUUGUUCUGACAAGGUAUAGUGAAUUAGGGCCAUUGAAACAGUGUAAUUUGAACAUCUGCGGCAUAACAGAGCUGAUGAAUUACACACUGACCAAGAUUUGAACUAAUGGAGGAAAAGAAGUGCAUCAUUUAAGGACGGCUAUAAAUGCUUAGUUUAGGAUUUGUUGGCUUCAGCUUAAUUUGUAAUCUUCAUAGGAUGCUAGAUUUUACUUUUGUCCAUACUUUGAGGGGGGAUGAUCCCUUCCCCCAAUGCUUUUCUUGAAAUAAAUGUAGCUCAUUUUCAUUUUAAUAAGCUUUAUCUUUUCCUUAUGUUUUA